UCAAAUCGGUCAAAUCUCUCUCUCUUUCUUCCUUCUCUUCUCUUCCUCAAAAGGGGCAACCAGGAUCGAGUCUAUUGGCUCAUUUCCUCUCUCUCUUGCCCACCACCCACAACUUUAAUUCUUCCACACUCGAGAAUCAAAUCCCCCAUUCCCUCUUCCCUCCCAUCUCCAUCCAUCCAUCACCAUGGGACGAUCCCCUUGCUGCGAGAAGGCGCACACCAACAAGGGCGCGUGGACCAAGGAGGAAGACCAGCGCCUCAUCCACUACAUCCGCCUCCACGGCGAAGGCUGCUGGCGUUCCCUCCCCAAAGCUGCCGGUCUUCUCAGGUGCGGCAAAAGUUGCCGGCUAAGGUGGAUCAACUACCUCCGCCCCGACCUCAAGCGCGGCAACUUCACCGAGGAAGAAGACGAGCUCAUCAUCAAGCUCCACAGCUUGCUCGGCAACAAAUGGUCUCUGAUCGCCGGGAGGUUGCCCGGAAGAACCGACAACGAGAUCAAGAACUACUGGAACACCCACAUCAAGCGCAAGCUCAUCAGCCAGGGAAUCGACCCCCAGACCCACCGCCCCCUCACCUCCUCCGCGGCCUCCCCUCCCUCCUUGCCCGUCGCGGAAAUCAGCCUCAUCAGCUCGAGCCUCGAUCGCGAGCACAACGGCAACGGCUACUACGGCUGCGAGAAGCUCGAGCCCAAGGCGGAGCCUCCCCGGGAAGACAACCACUGCACGACGAGCAGCGGCACUACCACCGACGAGGAGCUGAAGCGGCCGCUAAAUCGACGGCAAGCCCAGAGCGGAGGCGAGCUCAACUUGGACCUCUCGAUUGGCCUGGCCCCAUCUUGUCACGAGCUCCACCGCAACCCCUCCUCGGUGACUGCGAACACGGCAGAGUCUAAGCUUCAGGAGCCCCCCUACCCGUUCUUCAUCGUGCAAACGCCCGCGACGGCUGCGGCAGCAACGGUGUGCUUAUGCUGCCAGUUGGGGUCUCGGAGCGGAGGCGGGAUGUGUCGGAAUUGCCAGAGCAACGACGGCUUCUUUGGAUACUAGACGCAGUUAGGUUCAUAGUCAUUCGGGAAAGAAGAAGAAAGAAACAGAAAGACUAAAACUUUAGUCUGUAAUAUUUCUGAUAAGUAUAAAUGCUCACUCGCUUCUGUCACCUGCCUGAACUGAAUCAAGCCUGCUACCGAUUCAAUCCUCUCU